AUGGCCAUGGUCUUCUUCCAGUCUGUCACCUCGCCGCUCUUCUCCAAGGCCUGGACCCCCGCCGACCCGGGAGCCUACGCAGGGACGUGCAUCUUCCUGAUCGUGCUGGCAACGGUCCACCGCAUCCUCAUCGCCCUGCGCAACAUCUACUUCUGCUCCGCCGUGCUGUCGGACCCGCGGAGGACCAAGGAGCUCUCCGGCGGCAGCGGCAAUGGUGGCGCGGAUUGCUGCAACAGUAAUGGCCCCGACGACGACGCGGUGGUCGGCCCCGGAUACCGCCGCCAUCUGGGACGACGAGAGGGGUUCUGGGCGGCCCUGCGACGAGCGAGGAGGAGUUGUCCGUUCCGCACGAGCACCGAGACGGCAAGGGCCGUGGCAGAGGUUGUCAUUAGCGGUGUCGGAUAUCUGCUUAUGCUUGCGGUCAUGACUAUGAAUGUUGGAUACUUCUUGUCCGUCUUGGGCGGCAUCUUCCUGGGGGCUUUUAUGGUGGGCAGGUUCGGUGCGGAAGAUCAUCAUUGA